AUGGUUCGUAGGUUAAACUGCAUCGCCGCUGCGUCCCGGAACAUGGGCAUUGGCAAGAACGGGGACUUGCCCUGGCCCCUCAGGAAUGAAUGCAAGUUUUUCCAAAGAAUGACCACAACCUCAUCAGUAGAAGGUAAACAGAAUUUGGUGAUUAUGGGUAGGAAGACAUGGUUCUCUAUUCCCAAGAAGAAUCAACCUUUAAAGGACAGAAUUCAUUUAGUUCUCAGCAGAGACCUCAAGGAACCUCCACAAGGAGCUCAUUUUCUUGGCAAAAGUCUGGAUGAUGCCUUAAAAUUUAUUGAGCAAUCAGAAUUAGCAAAUAAAGUGGACAUGGUUUGGAUAGCGGGAGGCAGUUCUGUUCAUAAGGAAGCCAUGAACAAGCCAGGCCAUCUUAGACUAUUUGUGACAAGGAUUAUGCAGGAACUUGAAAGUGACAUAUUUUUUCAAGAAAUUGAUUUGGAGAAACAAACUUCUGCCAGAAUACCCAGGUGUUCUUUCUGA